AUGAUCAGGGGAAUUUUGUACCAGGAGAGUAUAACAAAAGUAGUUGGAUGCGGCGUUGAUCCAUUGGGAACGAUUUACGAGACUUUGUAUCAGGCUGUGAACGAUCCGAAAAACGGAUUUAAAAAUCCGUCGGAAAUUCUUCCCAUAACACCGGAAACAGUAAAUAAGGUAUUUUCGUCGACGGAAGGGGAUGGUUCGGGAGGUGGAGGAGGAGGGGGAAUCAACGAAGUUUCUCAACAGAGUUGA